GAAGUUACGUCAGUGUGUGUGUCGUUGUUUUCAGUGUUGUUGCUGUUUCUAUCCUACGAACAAAAUACGUGAUUCAGUUUUGAUUUUCGGUUCUAAUUCGGGGAACAAAAUGAAACAGACCUCUAAUGUUCCUGCUUUCCUCACCAAGCUGUGGACUCUGGUGGAAGAUUCGGACACCAAUGAAUUCAUUUGCUGGAGUCAGGAGGGUAACAGUUUUCUCGUGCUGGACGAGCAACGCUUCGCGAAAGAAAUCCUGCCGAAGUUUUUUAAGCACAACAACAUGGCCAGUUUUGUCCGACAGCUGAACAUGUAUGGCUUCCGCAAGGUGAUGCACAUCGACACAGGGAUAGUGAAACAAGAGCGGGACGGACCGGUCCAGUUCCAGCAUCCUUACUUUCGUAACGGCCGUGACGAUUUGCUGGAGAACAUAAAGAGGAAGGUGUCGAAUACCAAACCAGAAGACAGCAAACUAAGGCAGGACGAUCUGUCCAAAAUUCUGUCCAGUGUUCAAACCGUGCACGACAAACAGGAAACCAUGGACGCCAGGCUUGCCACUUUGAAACGCGAGAACGAGGCUCUGUGGAGGGAGAUGUCAGAUCUCAGGCAGAAGCAUGCACAGCAGCAACAAGCUAUAAAAGAGCUCGUGCAGUUCAUCCUCACUCUGGUCCAGAAUAACCGUGUGCUGAAUUUAAAACGCAAGAGGCCUCUGCUAUUGAGCAGCAAUGGAAAGAAGUCCAAAUUCAUUCCAGUGGACCACAGUAAUCCUGCAGUCAGCGAGCUGAACACAGACAUCGCCGACGAUGUCAUCAUCUGCGAUAUAACGAACGAGGACGCCGAAGUCACAGUGGACACGAGAGCAGCAGAUGAGGGGGAUGUUGAGAUAAUUGAGGUAGACUGUGACAGCAGCGACAUUACAGAAAAGGUGAGCUCAAAGGGACAGACAUCGACAGACACUGCUCUUGGGGAUGAAGGCGAAACAUCCAGAAGUUCCAUCAGCAUCCAACCGACCUGCAGCACCUUGCAGUUAAACCAUUGCUCGGCCCUGAUUCAAGAAGACCCUGUGAAGAUGAUGGACUCUAUCCUGAAAGAAAGCGGAACCAUUUCUCAGAACAUUAACCUUUUGGGCAAAGUCGAGCUGAUGGACUACUUGGACAGUAUUGACUGCAGCUUGGAGGACUUUCAGGCCAUGCUGUAUGGAAAGCAGUUCUCCAUCGACUCUGACAUAUUAGAGGAAACCGUCUCGACUUCAAAGGGUGGAGACUUUUUUGAUAAGAACAAGACUGAAAAUUACAAUGCAGAUAAACAGUUGAUUCAGUACACCAGCUGCCCCCUGUUGGCCUUCCUGGAUGGAUGCAGUCCUCCUCCAUCGGUUGCAGAGCCACAGUCUGAAGAUCUAAACCUGGCUGCAACGAAGCAGAACGCCGAAGACACUGUGGACCUUCUGCAAUCGUCCCUGCUGACACAAGAAGCUCCCCGUAGCUCAUUGAUCCGCCUCGAGCCCCUCACUGAGGCAGAGGCCAGUGAAGCCACCCUCUUCUAUCUGUGUGAACUAGACUCAGACCUGCCUCCUGCUGACACACCACAACUCGACGUCUAAUGAUGCAGAGCAAAAAAAAUAAUCAAAAAGGAUCAAAACCUUUUUGUGUUUGUUUUGUACAUAUUCAUCAAAAUGAUGAUAUAUUUAUUUGAUGCAAUUUUUUGGUACAUUUGUCGUAUUGAAUUAUGACAUUCCACUAUGCCAUGUCUGCGUUUUGAUCAUUCACACUUGUCCUGGAUAUUCUUGCAUUGCUGCAAGCUUGUUACAUGAGAUUGUAGCUUUUCUUAUUUUGUGUUUUCUUUUGUCCUUUUUUUUAAUUUUUUUAUAUCGAAUCCUGUAACUGUGAGAUAAGGUUUGGGUUACGGUCAUGUGACAUGGUAUAGAAGUGCCUGCUCUCAGAUCUCUGUACACAACAGUACACUUAUUAGUUCAAUCAUGUUCUGAAAGUACAGUUAUUUGCCUUUCUCUUGCUCUCUAUGCUUUGUCAAUAUCCCAAGAUUGAUAAUGAUAUUAAAGACGUUACAAAGAA